AUGAGUGCCAGCAAACAAGAGCCAGGGACUCAGAAGGAGGAGGCGGAGGAGACCCUAGCUGGAUUGAUGCCGCCAACGGAAGUUGGUGGGGCUGCUGCACCAGGCACCCCCAAGUCCACAGCAGCUGACAGUGCAAUGCAGUUCGAGGUGGCAAUCAUGCCAGAUGAGAGCCAGACUGGCGUUGAUGCUUUCAAACACGGUGUCUUGAAAUCUCUGACAAAAGUGUUGGACAAAUUUGGCAACGUGAGCAAUUUCCUUCAGCGGAGGCACCAGUGUGAUAAGGAGCGCCAAGAUUUUGCCAAUAGCCUUCAUCAUCUUUGCAGAGCAGGCCUACCUGACUGGGAUGUUGAGGAAGGCAAGCUGCCAUCAUCAAAGGUGGAAGCGGUGCAGAUGAGCAACUGUCUCAAACUGCCUGUGGCAGCCUUUGCUUUUGAUCCACACUGUGCUGUGCGAUCCCCACCUGACAACUGGCACAUCUUGGAGCUUGCUGAAUCCAUUCUGAAUGAAGGGUUCAUCACCACCACCGAUCCAAUCAUGGGGAUGCAGAGCGCGGAAGUACUUCAAGGUGCAAGCCUUGCUCAUGUCCAGCCCCCUUGGUCUGGGAAUUUGCUGCCUUUUUCAGUAGGCUUUUCCAAAGGCCGAGCUCGAAUUCACACGUUGCUGGCAAUCUUGAGGGUUCACCCUGUGCUGGCAGAGUCGGUGGUGAGUAUCAACGCCCACAUCUUAGAGCAUGCCUCCAAGCAGCAGGAGUUGAUCUACAAUUUCAAGCUGUCCAAUCGUGGAUCACUGCGGAGGCCACCGUCCAUCAUGGAAUGGGUCCAGAGCAUUAAACAACUUCGCGGGCAAGGUGCUGAUGUUGACCUGCAGGCAAUCAUCAAGAAGUUCAACCACGGCACGAUCAAAUCAUUGCAAUUGGGUGGAGCCAAAGCUGUUGCUGUCAGGAACCUUCUGGAAACAAUGCCUGCCUCAGCCUUGAAUGUCAUUGAGGCCCAUGUCCAGAAGCUUGGGUGGCAGAACAGCUGCUUCUCAGAUGAUUGCUUGAGCAGCAAGCGGGUGUUGCCAACCUACAAUUUCCGUCACCAAGCUGGUGGAUUGUGGUCCAAGCUUGGCAAGAUGGGCGAGGAAGCCACUUUGUGCCUUUUCAAGCAUGUGACAGUUGCCUAUGAGACAACCCCUCCAGCCGCCCGGAAAUCUUUCAGCAAGGCGGAAUUGGAUGAGAAAGCUGAGGAAGCAGCUUUUGUGGUGAAUUGUGCAAGUUUGGCCUUGAAUGAGGCGCCGGUCAAUUACGCUGAGCUGUACGAGAAGUUUGUAGGACCAUACAGCGAGAGUGACCCCAGCGUUCUCUUGGAAGUUCAAUGUGCACUUGGGCAGAAGGACCCAGCUUUUGCUUUGCGGUCUUUGAAGCCUUUGAAAGACGCGCUGGAUGCCCAUGCCACCAGCCGACCACUUGGGGAUGACCCAUCACAAAGUGUGCAUUUAUCCAACUUGGAAGCAGACGCCUACGAGCUUCUGCAGCGAAGAAUUGAGUAUGAUUUGAAAUGCUUCAGGGUCUACAAGUCCAAAUUGGAGAGCCAUGAGACCGCACAGUUUCAUGCUGAGUUGAACCAUCGGAAAGGAGCCUAUGAUGCUUCUCUCUCAGCAGCAAAGAAACUGAUGGCUUCCAACGUCAAGGUGAUCAGCUCUCCAAAUUUGCACACCGUCCUCCAAGAGUACAAUGACUUUGUGGGCCAGUUUUGCAAGAUGUUUGGCUUGGCAAAAGAAUCGCUGGUCACCGACUUAGCUUUGGUCAUCAUUUCCAUCUUGAACUGGAGUGCUUUAUGCCGGGUGAACAACGACCGGCAGCAGCUUCAAUCCCGUGCAGUGGCGGUCAUUACCAAUUCUGAUGGUGGAUCACAGCAAGUUGGAAUUGUGCUACUUCCCCAAUUUGGCUAUCAAAGAGGACAGCUGUGGAUGCAAGAGCAUCACUGUCUCAAGGCACUAAGCUCGGCAGGGCUGCACGUGGACCGAACAUUUACACUGCCGUUUUCAGCCAGGGUUGAUCAGAGAGACAAUCGUCCUUUGAUGUACCAUGGGCGGAUUGUGUCUUCUUUGGGCCUCUCAGAGAAAGAUUGGGCCCUGAAGAACUCAGAGCUUGUCCGGAAUCAACGCUGUGAGCCUGCAGAGCAGCUGCCUGCCUCCAGCAUGGUCUUCGUUGAAGACUUGCAGCCAGACGCCACGCCAUGCACGACCGACUUGGAUGGGCUUGUGAGCGGCGCCAAGAAGUACGAGCAAGUGGGCAGUUCUGGCUAUGGUCGGAUUCUCCAGAGCGCAGUGGCAGGCUUGAAUUUGCCACCAAAGGGUGGGAUUGUUGUGUUUGACGCAUCCUUGUCUGUCGGUGACUGCUUUGAUGCAUGGAUGGAUGUCAAAAAUGAUUGGCAAGUCCCCACUGCUUACGUUGGCCUGCCAGAAGAUAUGGUUGUGGCUGAAUGGUUUCAGAAGACCAGGCAGCAGGCCAUUGCUCGGAAGCACAUGCAUGGAGACCUGUCAAUCCCUGGCUGUCCACGAGUCGAUCCUGAGCUGCCAGCUGAGCACAAGACGCAGGAGUGGAGCUCUCAUGCGGUCUUUGGGGAUACCUUCCGGUCCACCUUGGACAAGAUCAUUGAGGAAUUUGGGGAGGCGCCAUCAGCUCAAGAGGUGAAGCAGGAAGAAUCUGAAGCAGGAAACCCAAAGAAGAGGAAAGGUAGGGGUGAGACUCAGGCCACAGUUGCAAAAUGCACCAGGUCAGCUGUGCCUGUGAAGCAGAUCCCCAUCCAGUCCAUUGGGAGCGAGCAAGUCCUGCUGGAGACAGAGUUGGUCAAUUGCAAGAACAAGGGGUUGAAAUUGCAAAUGAAAGCUGGAGGGAAAGUGUAUGUCUUGAAUACCAGCUCCACUGCCGCCAAGCUCCCGGCGGGGUUGGUUUUGGCAGGAUUUGGCAAAGGCUCUUACAAGCAGAGAGCUGCUUUGGAGCCUGUGGGAGAGAAGGAGGUUCUCUUCACCCUUCAGCCUGAGACCAUGGUUUUGAUGGGCAAUACCUUGAAGAGUGUGAGGUCUGUGGUGGAUGGAAAGCGAUCCACGGAUCCCCAUGCCAAAGUCGCGUACCAUGAGAUGUCUGAGGCAAGCACGACCGAGGAUCCAAGCAAGUUUGAUCUGAAGCUGACAACUCGCAUUGUCUUUGUCCCCACGGGCCCAGCCAAGGCCAAGGAAGAGGAGGGUGAGGGCUUCAGUGGAGCUCAAGUCUCAGCAGCCCGCAUGGUACCUAUGGAAGCGUGGGUGAAGGGCAGUUUGGCUUUCCCUGCUUGGUGUGUGCGCUGGGCCCCACAAGGCCUGAUGCCGAUUCGCCCAGUGAUCGUGUUGCUGCAGGAGAUCAUGCUGGAGCCUGCUCAUGGCGUGAUGCUUUGA